AUGACUCAUUCUGCGCAUGCGCACUAGCGGUAUUCGUCGCCAGCUUUUCAGCCGGAGCCGCUCCGAUUCAGUCUGGUGUAGGUGUGGCCGGAGUGUUAACUUCUUUGAAGGAUAAACUUAAAAUUGUUACCGUAAAAAUGACGAGCCCAUCUAGCCCUAAGAACCUCCCCAACGAGCUCAAGAACCAAUUGGAGGGGUUUAACACCGACAAAAUGAAGAAGGCUGACACACAUGAAAAAAUUGUUCUUCCAACGGCGGAAGACGUAAAACAGGAAAAGCAGCAUAACCAGUUGAUUCACAGCGUAGAGAAUUUUAAAGCUGACAAAUUAAAGAGAACAAAUACACACGAGAAAAUCAUUCUGCCGAACGCCGAAGAUGUGGCUGCGGAAAAAACGCAGAAGGCUCUGAUUCAGGGUGUCGAAGGAUUUGACACGGCCAAACUGAAACAUGCGGAGACGCAAGAAAAAACCGUUCUACCCGACAAAUUCGAUGUGCUGCAAGAGAAGCAACAUCAAAACCUCAUCGAUGGUGUGGAACACUUUGACAAAGCUACGAUGAAACACACCGAAACUCAGGAGAAAAACCCUCUGCCCGACCCUGAAGCUAUUGAAGCGGAGAAAGGCCAGCAACAAUUCAUCGCUGGAAUCGAGAACUUCGACUCCAAGAAACUGAAGCACACAGAAACAAUUGUGAAGAACCCCCUCCCCACUAAAGAAGCUAUUGAUAUGGAGAAGAAGGCAUAAACUCAACCAACUGAAAGAGACCAUUUGGACCUUCCUACAGGAAAAUCUCAACAAAUUAUAUUGUUAUUUUCAAUAUUUAUAUAUAAGACAUUUUGUAAAAACCAUUGAAAUUCCUACUGAAGACAUGAUGUAACCGAGCAUUCCGCCCUUUUGUAAGAAGUUUAUAUGGAAGUAAAGAAUUUUUACAACUUAUGGAUCGAAGAGGUGCUUCCAUGUCAGAUUUUGAAAAUGGCAUUUUUGUAUCUACAGACUGCAAGCCUCUUGAUAUUCGGUAAUAAGUUGGAGAACCAAAUCAGUUUUAUUUUUGUAUUUAAUUUUUAUAACGAUAGGAUAAGUAAAUAUUAACUCUAGGUAGGUUGCAAACACAUUCAGCUUCUUAAUUUCCAGGGUUUAUUCUUAGUCUAAUAUUGUAAGAUAAUUAUAUUUUACUUUUAUUUAUUCUUUAUUGAGCUAGUCGAGAAUACUGAAAUUUUGAAGCGUACUUGAAAUUUGUAACCAAUUAAAUCUUAUAAAAACCCAAAA